AUUUCUUUCGUACAAGUGUUUGUUGGUUGUUUCUGAAUUCUGCGAAAGGAAGUUGGGAAGGUUCAGAGAGAGAGAGAGAGAGAGAGGCAUGGGCUUGCGUAAAGGAUAGAGAAGGAUAACAAAAAUUAUGGCGUCGAUGCUGACUCUACUUUGAUCCAAACGAGAAAUUUCAGAUCUUUCUAGCUGCGUCUUCUUCUUCUAUUGGUUUGUACUGCUAUAUAUACGACAAUAUUUACACUCCAAUGGCCUCGGCUCCUCUGAUUCACGCGCGCUGUGGAUACUCUCCCCGAUUCACCGCCAAUCGAAGAAAUGGUUAUGGCGGUGUGACUUCGUCCUCUUUUUCUAAUUCUUCUUCUUCUUCGGCUUCGUCUUCUUGUUCAUCGUCUUCCUCUUGCUGUUCUUCCUCGUCUUUGGGCUUCUCCUGUGGCGUAAUCAAUAGUUGGAGAAAUCAAGGCCUUAAAGCUCAAGCUAUGUCCAUGACCACCGAAGGAAAUUACGGCUCAUCUAGAGGCAUUGCAGACGGAAAAGAUGGGCCUGAUCAUCUUCUUGUCCUCGUUCAUGGCAUAUUGGCCAGCCCAAGUGACUGGACAUAUGUUGAAGCAGAGUUAAAAAGGCGUCUUGGAAGAAACUUCUUAAUUUAUGCAAGUUCAUCUAACACGUACACUAAAACAUUUGGUGGCAUUGAGGGAGCUGGAAAGCGGUUAGCGGAUGAAGUCAUGCAGGUUGUGCAAAACACAGAGAGCCUCAAAAGGAUCUCAUUUUUGGCCCAUUCUCUUGGCGGCUUGUUCGCUAGAUAUGCAGUUGCAGUUCUUUACUCUCCAAAUACUCUGAAUAGUUCCAAAAGUAAUGAUGUUGCAAAUCCUACAAUGCCAAAGCUACAAACAGCUUAUUCCUCAAAACGAGGUUUGAUUGCUGGGCUGGAGCCAAUCAAUUUUAUUACCUUGGCAACUCCACAUCUUGGGGUUAGAGGGAGAAAGCAGCUUCCAUUUCUGCUGGGAGUGCCCCUCUUGGAAAAACUUGCUGCGCCGAUUGCUCCUAUUUUUGCUCGUCGUACUGGUAGUCAGCUGUUCCUUACUGAUGGUAAACCUGACAAACCUCCACUUCUUUCAAGAAUGGCCUCUGACUGUGAAGAUGGGAAGUUUAUAUCUGCCUUGGGUGCUUUUAGAUCUCGCAUACUUUAUGCUAAUGUAUCUUAUGAUCACAUGGUUGGUUGGCGGACAUCAUCGAUUAGGAGGGAAACAGAGCUUGUAAAGCCACCUCGCCGGUCUUUGGAUGGUUAUAAGCACGUUGUAGAUGUUGAUUAUUGCCCCCCAAUUCCCUCUGAUGGUCCACAUUUCCCUCCAGAAGCAGCUAAAGCAAAGGAGGCGGCACAAAAUGAGCCUAGCACACAACACACGGUAGAGUAUCGGGAAAUUAUGGAAGAGGAAAUGAUACGCGGCUUGCAGCAGUUAGGCUGGAAAAAGGUCGAUGUGAGCUUCCAUUCAGCGAUGUGGCCCUUCUUUGCCCAUAACAACAUUCAUGUGAAAAACGAAUGGAUUCACAAUGCCGGCGUCGGAGUUGUUGCUCAUCUUGCAGACAGCCUAAAGCAGCAAGAAUCGUCUCAAAUUGUUAUAGCCAGCUUGUAGGUAUGAUAUACUCAUAAGUGGAAAAUAGCUGAAGCAUGAAAAGAUAUGCAGUUCGCGACAAAAGCCAAAUUCUCCAGCCUUUGCUUCACUGCAAAUCAAAGUGAAGGGAAAUCUUGCAAAAUUUCAAUGCAAUUUAGGCUUCAUACUUGCUCUGUAUCUACCUGUUAUCAUACGCCUCCUGAUUAUCAAUUACUACUAGAAAGCCUAUUCAGAUGAAAAUAAAAUGUAAAUUCAUAUAUGUAUGUAUCCAAGAUUAAUUGAAUUGGUCUUAGUUGUGUCAAGCUAAAGGUGGGACUGUAAGGCUUCAACCUUGUCAAAUGUGAAGGAAACGUUUUGGCAGACUUUCAUUUAGAAAAGGAAAUAAUGUCAAGCUAAUAGAUUUUAAAUCUUCUUUG